CACUUACCUCCAAGACCAAGUGGUGAAGCUUACAGCGAUCAGCGCAGCUAUAGGAGGGGGUUUCUGGCAAAGUAGGCGGACCCAGCGCGACCCCCACAGUAGAGCUUCGGAUGGUUUUUACAAUGCCGACCAUUUCUUGAAGCGCGUUUUGUAGCUGCGGACAUAAAGAGCGACGGUCCUGGUGUGCGUAAAAGCCCCACGAAUAUAGACACUGCUACAUUCAGUGAGAUAAAGAUAAAGACAGAGUACACGUCAGGAUAAAGAGAUUGUAACCCAUCACAUUUUAUUCCCACUCAUCAGAGGAAUUAACUUGGAAGCUUCGUAACAAGAACCUUUGCAGGCACGUGGCUGAGAUGAGCUGGUGCUGCCAGGCGCUGUUGGCUGAACCUCGUGCUUGUUCCUGAUACACCACCACAUGGGCAUCUUCUCAUCUACAUGUGCUCGCCCACUGCCCCCCUCUCGUCCCGUGCCUGCCCUGUUUUAUGUCCAAGUGACACGAGAAGCGAUAGGAAAUAACUAUAUUCAAGAUACUGAGCGACUUUAAAGGAUCAACCUCAUCGAACACACUGAAACAAAAAUCUGCUACAACUUGAAUGAUGGAAACCUCUCAGUCAGAGAUGAACAUCUUAGCCAACGGGAAAAGUCACGACCACAGUGGUGACUUAGGUGUGCCAAUGAAGACGAUGCCAGAGGAGGACCAAAAUGGCACUCAAACUGUCAGAUAUGAUGAUCCUGAAGGGGGCCAGGAGAGUGAGGAAUUUCUGCCCAGUGCAGAUGGGAAGAAGCCUAUACGCUUCACAGAUUUUGAAGGAAAGACCUCUGUCGGCAUGUCUGUCUUCAACCUGGGUAAUGCUAUUAUGGGCAGUGGAAUCCUGGGAUUGGCGUAUGCCAUGGCCAACACUGGCAUACUUCUUUUCUGGUUUCUUCUUACUGCAGUAGCAGCCUUGUCUUCUUACUCCAUUCAUCUGCUGCUCAAAUCCUCUGGCAUUGUGGGAAUCCGAGCUUAUGAACAGCUGGGGUACAGAGCCUUUGGCACUCCUGGAAAAAUGGCUGCUGGUAUAGCAAUCACCCUGCAGAAUAUUGGAGCUAUGUCCAGCUACCUGUACAUUGUGAAAUCUGAGUUACCUCUGGUCAUCCAAGCUUUCCUGAAGGCAGAUCCCAACUCUGACCUGUGGUACAUGAAUGGAAACUACCUGGUCAUCAUGGUGUCUGCCAGUAUCAUCCUGCCCUUGGCUUUAAUGAAACAGCUCGGUUACCUUGGCUAUACCAGCGGAUUCUCUCUCAGCUGUAUGGUGUUUUUUCUCUCUGCGGUUAUCUAUAAGAAGUUUCAGAUUCCCUGCCCGUUUGAAGAGUUCUCAGUCAACAGCACUGCUGCCCAUCACCCCCUGAAUGUCUCAAGCCACGGCCAUGAGUACAACAACGGUCUGGUUCACGAGGACGACGACUCCCACUGCUCCCCGCGCAUGUUUACCAUCAACUCGCAGACAGCAUACACAAUUCCCAUCUUGGCGUUUGCUUUUGUUUGCCACCCUGAGGUCCUCCCCAUCUACACCGAGCUCCGCAAUCCAACAAAGAAGAAGAUGCAGAGGGUGUCCAAUAUCUCCAUCUUUGUCAUGUACAGCAUGUACUUCCUGGCAGCUCUCUUUGGCUAUCUGACCUUUUAUGACAAUGUGGAGCCCGAGCUGCUGCACACUUACAGCAGGAUUGAUCCCUACGACACUCUGAUCCUGUGCGUGCGAGUGGCCGUCCUCACUGCAGUGACGCUGACCGUCCCUAUUGUGCUGUUCCCUGUACGUAGAGCCAUCCAGCACAUGUUGUUCCCCACCAAGUCUUUCAACUGGUUGCGUCACAUUGCCAUUGCCAUCCUUCUGCUCACCCUCAUCAACAUGCUGGUGAUCUUUGCUCCCAACAUUUUGGGCAUCUUCGGCAUCAUUGGCGCCACGUCGGCUCCCUGCCUCAUUUUUAUCUUCCCUGCCGUCUUCUACAUCCGCAUUGUUCCCAAAGAUGACGAACCCAUGACCUCUGUCCCUAAGAUAUUGGCCGUCUGUUUUGCUGCUUUGGGUGUCUCCUUCAUGGUAAUGAGCCUGAGCUUCAUCAUCAUCGAUUGGUCAACAGGGGGCGGCCUUGCUGCAGGAGGCCACUAGAUGCUGCUUCGGUGUGUGAGCUCUGGAAAAGGGGGGGAAAAAGAACUGGUCAAUGUAAAGGGAGCACUAUCACCUCAGUGGGAACACACUACAGGGCUGCCCAGCACAGAGCCUGGGGUUUUUAACAGUAUAACAUAUACAGUAUACAUGUUGGUUGGAAUCACACUGGUAUAGAUGGAGUUAAAUUAACUUCUGACUGUAACUUUACUCAUAUCUGAACAAAAUCUGUGCUUAUAUAAUUCAAUUUAACAUGGUAAUGCAAUUUCUAUGAAUAAUCAGGACUAAACAGGGUCUUUUUUUAUUACCAUCUGUUCGUGCGACUAAGUCCAUCCAUGAUGGUGAAAUGGUCCUUUCCUGUUGCUUCCUCUUUAUUUACAUACAAACAACUGCAGCUGGUACUGUACAGAAAUGAAGGCAUAAUUGUCUGAUAGGCUGAAGGCAUCAAAAUAUACGUGAGAAAUAAUUAUUUUUACACAAAUAUGAGUUAUUAUCCACAAGACGCACAAAAGACGACAGUCAGAUGAUCUCAUCCUGAACCAGCUACACUCUGAGCUGUUCAUCAUGGUGUAGUAUAAAAACAAAAAGAGUGCUUUAAGGCCUUAGACUGCAGGUGACAUUUCAUGAUCUGUCGAGUUGUUAUGUAUCACACAAAGCUUUUGUUCCAGAUCAGCUAACUCUUGAGAAACCCCGGUGCCUUUUAGCAUUUGGAACAGCACGCGAACACACAGCAAAAACAAGAGUGUAUAUUUAUUUAGCUAAACUAUAUCUGUGUUUUUAAUUUCAAAUGGACUAUAUUUAACUACUGUAUAUGAUGAAGUCAAUGAUCCAAAUAUAUCAUGUAUGAUACCAGUUUUUGUUUUAGCUCACAGUUUAUAUAUGAUGGAAAGAGUUACGACUGAAGAUAUUUUAAAUGUUUAAUCAAAUACAAAGAGCUUGAUAUUAGGAUUUCAUAUCUUAUCUUUGUAGAACUUUUAGCACACACAUGCCAAAUUGUGACCUUGCAUAUGAAUGAAGUACAACUUUUACCCCCACGGUUCACCCUUAAAGAAUACUCUACCAGCAAAAUGACCAUUUGUAUAUCAAUGUCUGACUGCGAUACUAUGAAUUUAUGAAGAAAACAUAGUAUUUCUGGCAUGUCUCCAUGGUGAACGAAGAAUCCAAAAAAGGCAAACAUUUUUCAACCAUUGAAGAAAAUGGGGAGCACGUUUAACAACAGCAAAACUACAAACAUCAAUUGACAAACUCUCACACAAGUCGUGCAGUAUAAGCCAAGUCUAAUUUAUCUAGUUGUUUGCUCAGUACUUCCCAAACAUUUUUGUUACAAACGUUAAAAUAUAAAACAUUUCCACAUACAAGUAGAGUGCCCUGUGGAGCACACAUGUGCAUAUGAAUCCCACUUGAGCAGACUUUAAAUGCACAUGCGUGCCCAGGCAUGCUUGGCUGUGCGUCAAACUGUUUGUUCUGACAUCUUUGAAAAAGUAAUGUUUCAGUGAAAAUGCAUGUGCUUGGGAAGUACGUAGCAUACGACUGGAUAAAUGAGACUUGGACAGUAUUUGCUGGUUGCAUGUAGUGGUUAGCACUGUUGCUUCACAGCAAGAAGUUUCUGGGUUUGAGUCAUAGACUUUAAAAACAAUGGAUGUAGCCUUUGUGACAUUACCCAUUGGUUUGUGAAUCCUCAUUUUGGAGCCUUGAGUUCGGCAUUACGGCCAUCACCAUCUUUUUUGGAGCCAGAGGUGACCAUAUUUGGGCAAGAGGCUGGCACCAUCACUAUUGGCACUAUCAGCAGACAGCCUGUCACUCAAAGCAGCCUUCCCUUAAUUAUGUGUAACAUUAAGAUCUAAUAAAAUGUAAACAGGUGAAUUAUAUAAAAAUUUGCCUCCGUACAGUUGUCACAAAGGAGGAAAUUAGCUUUAGAAACCCACACUGUUUCUUGUCCCAGGCUGUAAACAUGUUUAUUUCUGCUGUAAAGUUGGGCGUUUUAACAUAGGGGGCCUACGGGAUUGACUGGCUUCUGGAGCCAGCCUCAAGUGGCUGUUCAAAGAAUUGCAUUUUUUCGGGACUUCCAUGAUCGCUUCAAUUUUCAGCCACGUGGUUCAAAUCCACCGUCCUGGGUCUGAAAUGUACAUGUUCUCCCUAUGUCAGUGUGGGUUUUCUCAGGGUACUCCAGCUUCCCCCCACAGCCCAAAGACACGCAGGGUGGGUUUUGCCUGUAGGUGUAAAUGCUAGCAUGAGCUCUGUCUCUGUGUGUUAGCCCUGUGAUAGUCUAGCGAUGUGUCCAGGGUGUGCCUUACUGUACCUCUCACCCAGUGUCAAGACAGAUGUUUUAAUAUAGCUUUGUUGUUGUUAAACAUGGUCCCUGUUUACUUUAAUUCAUGAGGCAUGUCUGACUAUUUUGGAUUCUCCACUCACCCGCAGAGGCAUACAGGAAAAACAAGUUGUAAUCAAGAAUUCAAAAUAACACUGGGUGAUGUGCUGAAACACAAAUACUCAUUUUGUGGGUUAAGUAUUCCUUCAAGUCUCGCUCAUUCAUUUCUUAAACUUUUUCUCAUUAAGUCAGAUGAAUUCAGAAAUCACUUUAUCCACACUGAAUGAUAAUAUUACAUAUUCUAAAUCUGCACGUUCCAACACUUCAGUUCAGUUUUUGUGAGGUGUAAUAUGCAGUUAGCUUAGCUUAGCAUAAAGACUGGAAGCAGGGGGAAACAGCUAGCCUGGCUCAAGCCUAACAGCACCUCUAAAUCUAACACUUAAUAUCAGGAAGUCACGUACCUCUAGUGAAAUAUGGUAACCGGCCAUGCAGAUAGGUUUGGUUGUACUUGCCCAGGUUUUAAGAUACACUAUAAGGAAAAAGGUUUGAGGACACCCAAGUAUAUAUCAAAGCCUAUGCAAAUAAAACAAAAAAAUGUCUUGGCUAAGGUUAAUUUAGAAAAUAUGGUUCAUUAGUUUUAUGAUUUGGGUGAGCUCACUAGAGCUCUGUUGGUUUGAACAAUGCCUGGCCAGCAGCAUGACUUUGUAACGAUGAACCCGCUGGUGGGUCUGGCAGAGUUUAAUUUUAUUAAUUAUGCUUUUGUGAUUCUGUUGUAACGUCUUUGCCUCACUGGUUUGUAGUAUUUUGAUCUGCUUUCACUCGUUGACUAUUUAGACUUGAGGUUAAUGUUUUGCAUGUCGUCGUGUCUAGUCCACCCUGUAGUUGGUGUAGUGAACACAGAGAUUUUCCUUCUGACACUGUCAUAUGUAGAUGUUAUUGUAAUCCUGUGCAUUUGGCAUCUUACAGUGAAGUGUAUUAAAGUCCCACUCUGUGCUGUAGGUAUUAUAGUGUUAUAUUAGUAUUAUGAAGCCCUUCUUGAAAGAUGCUACAUGAAAUAAUGUUUUUAGACAUUACUGAUUCUCUGUGAGCAAUGACACAUUAAUUUCGAGCUUAAUUUAGGGUUGUGGAUUGAUACUUUCAGUAAUUCUUCAGGUGUAUUUUGUGCCUCAAAAUAGCUCUACAACCUGCUUAGAAGUUACAGAUUACAUUAUAUAGAAAUCUGAAAUUAACAAGUUUAAAAACAGCACAAAAGAGAAAUGUUAUAACAAAUAUUUGAUGCUUUACCCAAAGAUGGUUUUAUAUUUUACUGCAACUCUCAGGCUUCAGAAAAACCCUGCAUAAAUCAGCACUUCUCUCCUUUUAUUUAUAUAUUGUUAAUGACUACUUGUUUAACAGGUUUGAUUUUUACAAAUGAAUUAUGAACAGCAGCCGAGGAAAUACUUAUGCACGUAUCAACCUCCGUCCCUUGCUUUCCCACAUGUAUUCGCAGUGGUUGUUUUAAAUGAAGGUUUAGUUUUGUCAUGUUUGGUGAACCGAGUUUUGCUUCACUUUAAGGGAUCAUGCCAAAUCAACAACUGACUACCUACUGCUUUAAAAUGCCUUUAACUUUUAAACAGGUACCACAGUUUUAAUACCAGAUGCAGUAUAUCAAAUAUGCAUUUCUCAUAUACCUAAAGAAAUCAAAGUGAUAUUUUUGUUUCAGGACAUAGAUCUAUGGAAAUGACACGACUAUAAAAUAAUAUUAUGGAUUUUGAUGAAUAAGACGUGGCUUUAUAUAAAUAAUGUAUAUAAAUGUAAACCUUUUAUAUUUGUGAUGCUUAUUUACAGUAGCUUGUAAAGUGUAAAUAGCAGGGACACUUUUAGUUUGGCAAUAAAAUAAUUGUAGAUGUUUGUA